AGCAUAAGAGAGAGAGAGAGAGAGAGAGAGAGAGCACUUGCUUAAACCCUAGCAAUAGACAUCCCAAAACCCUCACUGUUCAACAUAUACGUUGGUUUUCACUGCGCUUCUCUGCACGCAUACCGUCGAGCGACCCACAAACAAAACAUGGUUCGAAGCAUAAAGAACCCCAAGAAAGCCAAAAGAAAGAACAAGGGAUCAAAGAAGGGAGAUGGGUCGUCUUCAUCUUCCUCAAUUCCUUCAAUGCCUGCAAAGGUGUGGCAGCCAGGCGUGGACAAGUUGGAGGAAGGAGAGGAGCUUCAGUGUGACCCUUCUGCUUACAAUUCCCUUCACGCCUUCCACAUUGGCUGGCCUUGCCUCAGUUUCGAUAUUGUCCGCGAUACACUGGGUUUGGUUCGGACUGAAUUUCCCCAUCAAGUUUACUUUGUUGCUGGGACUCAGGCGGAGAAGGCUUCUUGGAACUCAAUUGGGAUAUUCAAAGUAAGCAACAUUGCUGGUAAAAGGCGUGAACUAGUGCCGUCCAAAUCUAUCGAUGAUGCUGAUGAGGAGAGUGACAGCAGUGAUAGUGACGAAGAUAGCGAUGAUGAAGCAGGUGGAUCUGGGACGCCAGUUUUGCAGCUAAGAAAAGUGGGCCAUGAAGGAUGUAUUAAUCGAAUAAGAGCUAUGAAUCAAAAUCCCCAUAUCUGUGCAUCUUGGGCAGACUCUGGUCAUGUGCAAAUAUGGGACUUCAGUUCCCAUUUGAAUGCUUUGGCUGAAUCAGAAACGGACGUCAACCAGGGAGCUUCCUCAGUUUUUAACCAGGCUCCUUUAAUGAAGUUCGGUGGCCACAAAGAUGAAGGUUACGCCAUAGAUUGGAGUCCUCUUGUACCUGGGAGGCUUGUGUCUGGGGAUUGCAGGAAUUGCAUCCAUCUAUGGGAACCGACAUCUAGUUCAACAUGGAAUGUUGAUUCCACUCCGUUUAUUGGACAUGCUGCAAGUGUUGAAGAUCUGCAAUGGAGCCCCACAGAAGAAAAUGUCUUCGCCUCUAGUUCAGUUGACGGAAGUAUUGCGAUAUGGGAUACCCGUUUAGGGAAGACACCAGCUGUUUCUUUUAAGGCGCACGAUGCCGAUGUUAAUGUUAUCUCAUGGAGCAGGCUGGCUACCUGUAUGCUGGCCUCUGGGUGUGAUGACGGGACAUUUUCAAUUCAUGAUCUUAGAUUACUCAAGGAAGGUGAUUCUGUGGUUGCUCAUUUCCAGUAUCAUAAACACCCGGUCACCUCAAUCGAAUGGAGCCCACAUGAAGCCUCCACAUUGGCAGUAUCAUCGUCUGACUGCCAGCUCACAAUAUGGGAUCUUUCCUUGGAAAAGGAUGAGGAAGAGGAGGCAGAGUUUAAAGCCAAAACAAAAGAGCAAGUGAAUGCCCCCGAGGAUUUACCUCCACAGCUCCUCUUUGUUCACCAGGGACAAAAAGACUUGAAAGAACUGCAUUGGCAUGCUCAGAUUCCGGGAAUGAUUGUAUCUACUGCGGCGGACGGUUUUAACAUCCUGAUGCCCUCGAACAUACAGAGCACUCUUCCUUCAGAUGGUGCCUGAAUUUUGACCAAGACCGAACAAUACCCGCCGCACUUCCUCAAAGGACGCAGGCCUAAAUGCUUUCCAACCGUGGAGUUGCAGUGCAACUUUCUGUGUACACUGUACAAGUCGUGCUCAUAACCGCGAGUCGUGUCUGUUUUACAUUUUUACAGUUCGUCUCUCUUGCUAUGUUCAUUAGCUUCGUUUUCCCGCUCUUGUGAUGUUUUCCCGAUGCGAGGGUUUCUGGGGGUUUUCAGUAGAAUAUUUGGUCUUGGCGGCCAUCCUCAAAUUUUGGAAUGUUUGGUAACUUGAGAUCUUUUGAUCGUGAGCAUCGGUAUAAGUUAAUGCACAUAUAGAUACUUUUGGAGUCUGAA